CGUCCAGCAGAGGUCUCUUGCUUAUGGUUAUUGUGUGAUAUUCGCCGUCUUCUUGAGGGCCUCUCCGUUUGCAGGAUCUCUAAGGUGUCUCGGCAUUGAGUUAGCCCAGCCCAUUGGCUAGCCAGGCGUGCUAGUGAGCGUAGGAUUUUGUUUUGGUCCUUUUGAUUUUCUUAGGGGUCUUUGUUAGUUCCUAUUGUCAAAAAAAAAAAAAAAAAAAAAAAAAACUACAUACCCCAUAAACUUCACCAAAUAACCCCUCAUUAUCCCACAUUUUAUCAAAUCAUCCAAUUAUAGUAUAUCAUCCUUCCAAUAAAUCUCUUAAUCUCUUAUGCUUUUCAUUUGCAGAUGUUAACUACCUGUCAUUACAAUAAAAAAUCAAGUAAUAAUUCCUAAAUAGGCCCCUCCUCUCACAUUUCAAAAUCAUACUCUCCACUAUCACCCCUUUUCUCUCCCUUUUCCCCUCUUUCAGACACAAACUAUCUCUCUAUUUCUUUCAUUUUUUUGGCCGGCAAUUACACCUUCAUCACAAUUCACAACCAUGAGCUUUCAAGAUAUCAGAAAUGGCGGAGGUCGGCCAACUUCUUCGUCGCGUUCUUCCGCACAAUCACCAUCUCAAGCCGUUGCCGCCGGUAUUUUUCAGAUCAACACCGCCGUAUCCUCCUUUCGCCGCCUUGUCGAUGCCAUCGGAACUUCUAAAGAUACUCCUGAUCAUCGCCAGAAAUUGCAUACUACAAGACAGCGUAUAUUGCAGUUGGUUAAGGAUACUUCUGCUAAGCUUAAAGCUCUCAGUGAUUCCGACCACUCUGCUAAUGUCACGCAAAGCAAAAAAAUUGAAGAUGCUAAGCUUGCUAGAGAUUUUCAAGCUACUUUACAAGAAUUUCAGAAUGUUCAGCAGCUUGCUUCUGAGCGUGAAUCAUCCUACGUGCCAUCUGGGGCUCCAACUUCUGUUGUAACAGACUCAAGUGUUGAAGAAGCAAAACAGGAUCUUGAAAACCAACCUUUCUUGUUGGAUCAAAAAAGGCAAGAAUUGGUACUUUUGGAUAAUGAAGUUGUAUUUAAUGAAGCAAUCAUCGAGGAAAGGGAACAGGGAAUUAAGGAGGUACAAAGCCAAAUUGGUCAAGUUAAUGAAAUCUUCAUGGACCUUGCUGUUCUAGUACACGAGCAGGGUGUAGUAAUUGAUGAUAUCCAUUCUAAUAUUGAGGCUUCUGCUGCUGUGACAAGCCAAGCGAAACAGCAAUUAUCUAAGGCUUCUAAAAGUGAAAGAACAGGUUCAACUUGGUGUUGGUGGUUGCUGGCUUUGUUUGUAUUGGCGAUUAUUAUCUUUGUGCUGAUCUUAAUCCUAUAGACUGCAACUAAAGAUAUGAAUUUGAUGGGAUUGCGGGAGAGUGAAUUCUACAUUUUGAACCGGCCGAUAUUCUUUUCUUCUUAUUUUUGUGGCUGUAGGAGCAUUUUUUGUAAAAUUUUAUGUAUGCAUGAUUUUUGCUGUGUUGUUUUCUGAAGGUUUGUCUAUAUUUUCCUAUACAUGUAUGUUAUUUAUUGUUUCCCAAGGUUUUCCGUUUGUAUAUUCAUUGUAAUUUCUGCUGUUUAUGUUAAUGUUUUUCUGAGUGUAUGGCUUCCUGUUUCUCAUUGUUGGAGAAAUUUGUUUCCAGAGAGUCCAGAGUAUAUCCUGGCAAAAUUCUGUUAUGAUUUUAUUGUCUU